AUGGCGUCUUCAAGCUCUUCUCCUAUGCAUCCUGAAGUUGUUGCUUCUAAUUUUACGCAUGUCAUUCCCAAUUUCACAACGAUGAACCCUAAUUCUUCGAUCUCUUCGAUUAUAGUUUCAAAUAUUAGUUGUAUGGUGCCUACGAAGCUCAACCAUGAUAAUUACCUCGUUUGGAAAGCUCUUUUUGCUCCAAUUUUUAGGCGACAUAAACUCACCGGAAUUGCUGAUAAAUCUGAGAUAUGUCCACCACCAUAUCUUCUUGAUCGAUCUAGUCAAAAUAUUGGAAUUCAUAAUCCUAGUUUUGAAGUUUGGUAUGAAAAGGAUCAGAAUAUCCGUAUUUGGCUCAACUCUACACUCUCUGAAGACAUCAUCCCCUUCACAGUCGGUGUCACCUCUUCUCGCAAGCUUUGGUUGAAUCUAGAGCAACAUUUUGGAGGUGUUUCUACAGCUCACAUCCAUCAACUCCGCUCUCGUCUUCAUUCUGUAAACAAAGGUGAUCUCGCCAUUUCUGAAUACCUGCAACGCAUCAAAGGCAUUUCUGAUGCUCUAAUGGCUGUCGGUGCUCUGGUCUCUGAUCAUGACCUCAUUGUUGUUACUCUUAGUGGCCUCCUUAAUGAGUACGAUUCUUUCAUUGACUCUAUUGUGCUUCAAAUUUCUUCUACCUGA